UUUGCUACACUACACACCAUGCACACCUUUUCUUUUCAUUCAUUCGUCUACAUGCUUUUUGCAGUGACUCCCCUUUCAGUAAAAACCUCUUCCUAAAUUCAUUAUAACUUUCUCUCUAUUCUCUCCUUUCCUUUCCUUUGGGCCCCCUCUACCCUAUAUACACACCUUUUCAACCAUCAAAAUUCUUCUUCAUUCAUUCUAACAAUAAACUUCAAGGUAAUAAUAUAUUUAACCUCUCCUUAAUUAAUUUCUACUCCUUCAUCAUAUGCUCUCUUCCAUUCUUCUCCACAAAUAUUCAUUUAUGUGUGGUUAAUUAAUUUUUAUUAUUUAUAUAUAAGUGGUGUGUUGCUUCAUUUCAAAUUAUCAAAUCAAAAACCCUUUUCAUUGUUUAUUGUUUAUCUCUUCUCCAUCUUAUCUUUUAGCUAGUUAAGCAUCAAAUCAAGAAGAAUUAGAACCACCCCAUAAAAUAUUUUCAUAUAUUAAUUCAUUUUUUUAUCAUGGAAAGCAACCAAAAUAAUAUUAAUACUAGUAGUUCAUUCACAAAUGUGAGCAACAACAUUUGGAAUAAUCUUGAAAAAAUGGAAACAAAUGAACAACACAACAAUAAUAAUAUUAUUCUUGAAGAUGAUCAUCAUCAAAUUCCUAUAAGUUCUUCAAUGAUUUGGCAAAACUACAACAUGAUGGGAGCACAACCACCAUCUUCAUCAGGUUCACUAAGUGAUAUAUUAGGGAUCCACCAAGAAAAUCAUGAUGAAGAACAAGAAGAAGAGUUAGGAGCUAUGAAAGAGAUGAUGUACAAGAUUGCAGCUAUGCAACCAGUGGACAUCGAUCCCACAACUAUUCGAAAACCGAAGCGAAGAAACGUUCGAAUUAGCGACGAUCCACAAAGCGUUGCGGCUAGACAUCGAAGAGAAAGAAUAAGUGAGAAAAUUCGUAUACUUCAAAGACUUGUUCCUGGUGGAACUAAAAUGGAUACAGCUUCUAUGCUUGAAGAAGCUAUUCGUUAUGUUAAGUUCUUGAAGAGACAAAUUAGGUUGCUUCAAUCCACUCCUCAAACUCAACAACAACAAUUAUUACCACUUUCACAAUGCAUUUCUACUACUUCUACUAGUGCUUUCUUGUUAUCCCCUUCUUUAGGUUGUGAAUGGCCUUUUGCACCAAAUUUACUACUCACUUCCACAACCACCACGGCCGAGUUACCCGCCGGAGUUCCAUUUCAAGCCGGAGGAAAUUCAGAUGUCCAUGCUUGUGAUGGCUCAUCAAGUUUUAAUCAUCAUGAGGUAAUUAGUGAAUAAUUAAUUGUAAUUAGGUUAUCUUAUUAUACUUAUAUAUUUUUAUGUAUAUGUAUUAAAAAAGGCUUUUCAAUGUACGAGGUUUUUAAUUAUUAGGUAAAGUUUGAGAAGGGGUGAUGUACGCAUAGUCUUAUCCUCACCAGCGGAUAAAUUAUUUUUAAGAAUCGAACUAGUGAUUUCUCUGAAUCACAAGAUUAUAAUUUAUUGUUGCACCAAGG